UUCUUUUGUUAAUCUGUGCUGCUGUGUUUGACAACGACAAGUUGACAAAUCUUUUUAUUUUCCAUGCUUCUUUUUUCUGCGAUUUUGUGAUAAUUCAUUCGUAUUUUGAGAGCAUUAGCGCGCGAUAGUCACCUUGCAGUUUGUGUUUAAGUGAUUUUCACCUACCGACACAUAAUUUUUGAGCCGUUAACUGGAAAAUUCCACCAUGACUCUGGGAACUUAUAACAGGCAUCAGGCGCAAAAGAAAAAACAAGCUGCGUUGGCGGCGGCCUUUCCACAAGGGAUCCGUUGCCAGAAAUGCUUGGAAUACGGGCACUGGAGUUACGAGUGUAAGGGCAAGCGCAAGAUAUUGGUGCGUCCUUCGAGCACGCAGGUAUUAAAGAAGAACCUGAAAUCUCGGGAACAGGGAUCCUGCAGCAAAGGCAGUUGCAAGAUACCAAACAAAAAGAAACGCACCAAUGACUGUGCCGAUUGCUCAGACAACAGUUCUUCCGGUAGCUCUUCAGGAUCAGACUCCUGUAGCUCGGAUGACUCAGGGAGCGACAGCAGCAGUGACUCAGAGAGUGAUAGCGAGAGCAGCAGCGGGUCCGAAUCCUGCUCAGAUUGUUAAGGAGAUAGUCAGCGCGCUGUACUUCACAACUGGUACUUAUAAAUUGCCUUCGCUUCUCAUCCGUAAAUGUACAUAACUCAAUCAAGUCAUAUUCAGAAUACAGAGAAGUUAUGAUAUGUGUGCUCAUUUGUAAAGCAGGCUUUUGUUUACUUGAUGGUUAAAAGCUAAGUGCACAGAUUUGAUUUAAAAUGUUAAUCUUAUUUUUCUAACAAAUUUUGAUAAUAAUACCUCCUAUUAUUUAAUCUUCUGUCAAUUCUCAUUUUAAUAUAAUUGUCAGAAAAGGUUUGUAACAGUACCAGUUGUAAGUUCAUCCCAAGUGACGUUGCAUGUAGGUUUAACCAUCACCAGAAGAUUUCAUAAUGCUGGACAUUAAAAAUAAGGACUUAGUAUAAUGUGACACUGUUCUUAAGAUAUUUUUAACUUGCAGACAAUGUUUAUAAUCUAUUUUUUUGUGUAUGUAGUGGCACUUUCUCAUUCAGCCUUUAUGUAAUCAAUAGCAGAUUAUAAACGGAACACUGGUUUUCGUAGAUUCGAUUAAUAGUAAUUUAAAAAUUGAACUUUGAUGUUAGAAAAGAGCUAAAUGGGUUUGGCGCCAUUCUUCCUAGUUAUUUAAUGCUGUGAACUUGUUGAAUGUUUGUAGUUUAAAAUGAUUCUAUAAGAUGCUAAAAGUAAUUAUAUGUGUGUAUGAAUGGAUUGGGAGUUUGUAGAGAUUUAUAUCUUUAAUAUUAUUUAGAUAUGUUAGGCUUUAUUUCCACUGACAUGAUUAGAAAUGAAGUGUGAACAAUUAUUUAAUGAAGCCAAAGUUUGCUGAUGUUAAUAUAAUACUCUAUUUAAACUUAAAAUUGACUAACAGACUUAAGUUAGUGGAAAUUCAGUCAUUUUGUUUGUGCUUUGUGAAACUGCUGUGUUAAUAUAGCAUAGAGUUAAAGUUAAUUAUCAAUUACAUAUUUACAUGUCAUAGACGUAAUAUUUUCUAAGACUGUAUAGUAAAAUGUCUCUUCAAUUACAUAGUCUCAUGAUUUAAAUAGAAAAAAUGUAAGAAUUUUGAUAUAAAACAAAAUAUAAUUUAAAUGGGAUUGCA